AUGUCAGCACUAUUUCGCAGUCUUUUCAGGCUAAUUAGCUUGUUGUUUUACGCCGGUAAUACCUUGCUUUUGAUUCUCAUUAUCAUAUCUGGUGGCACUAACACUAAUCCGAUCAACAACUUUUACUGGGUACAGGCUGAUACUAGUGGUAUCCCCAAUGCUCCCAGCUUGACAAGAUGGACUUUCUGGGGUGCUUGCUCGACGCAGAAUGGUUCGACUAACUGUGGAGAUCAUCUUUCUCCAGCUUAUCCAAUUUCUCCGGUCGAUAAUUUCGGCACCAAGACUAAUGUCCCAAAUAAAUUCAUAACCGAUAGGGACGCGUUUUAUUAUUUGACCAGGUUCUCUUUCUGCUUCUUUUGGAUUGCUUUAGCCUUCAUCGGCGUCUCAUUUUUGCUCUACGUUGGCACCUGGUGCUCCUAUGGAUUCUCUAAAGUCGUGUGGAUCUUGACGUCCGUUGGAGCCUUGUUCAACGUUACUGCAGUCGUUCUGCAGACGGCGGCAUCUGUCAUGGCAAGGAACGCGUUCUCAGAUGCAGAUCGUGCUGCCAGCCUCGGUUCCGACCUUUUCGGUAUCGCUUGGGCAAGUGUUGUACUAUCUCUGCUGGAAUCUGCCGCUUCUUUCUACGAGUACUUCAGGAGAUUCAAGUCCAACUUGAUCAGAACCCACCAGAAAGAGAUGGAAGCUGCGGAGUCUCAUCCCCUGGGCACCAAAAGCUGGUUCUAUUCCUCCAAGGGUGAUCAACCAGCAGAAGAUCCUGCUGUUACAAUCGCUGAUCCAUAUGCUCAAAGUAACGCUAACGUCACUUCUGCCGCUGCUGCCGGCACCGUGUCACAGGACAACCAACAUAAGGGAAUCAACUUCUUCACCAUCCGUAAGACUCAAAAGGUUACGCACGAUGACGACUCUGUGUGA